GGGAGGUCAUCCACGCAUGCAGCCAGCCAGACAGCCAGCCAGCCAGACUGGAGCUCACACUACUCUAAUCCAUCCAUCCAUCCAUCAGCAGCUCGAGCUCGAGCAGCAGCUACACAUGCAUCCUCCAUCCCAUCUACACGUACCCGCCGCUACAUAUGGCCACUUGCUGCAGGCCGUGCUACCACCCCAUGUGCGGCAGACAUCUAUCUAUCUUUCAGCCGCCCGCCACGCUUUGGUUGCCCUCGUUUGCACGAGGCUUGUCGCGGUCGCUCUCCUCAGACGGACUGCGCCGCAGCAACGGCCGGAUGGUCAAACACGCCAAACUGACACACACACACACACACACAGAGAGAGAGAGAGAGAGAGAUAGAGAGAGAGGGGACAGACAAAUGACACGUAUUUGUGUGGGUGUGUAUGUGCGUGGCUGUGGGUGUGGCGAACACUCACCGCCUGUUGGUGUCCUCCAGCUGCAUGACGCGCUGCAUGAGUUCAUCCUUCUCCUGCUGGUGCUGCUGCUCCAUCCGCGCCAUCUCGCGACGCAGCAUGUCCACCAACGCACUUGACAUACACACACACACAGAAACACACACACAUACACACAGAGAGAGAGAUGGGUACUUGCGUAUGCGUGUGUCUGUCUGUGUGGGUAGGUAGCUGCGCACCUCUCACUGGCGGCGGCGUAUGCGUCGUCGUGGAAGGAGGGCGGGGGCCGGCAGUAGGCCUCGCCGUAGUACUGGUCCUGGUACGAGCCAUACCCAUACAUGUCGCCCCCAAACAUGGCCAACGGCCUGCAGCAUGGGCAUCACACAACACACCAACCAGUAAAUGAACUCACAGAGAGAGGAAGACAGAGGAAGUGGUCACAUCUCGUGCUCGUAGCCCGGAGGAGGCGGUGGUGGUGGUGGCGGUGGUGGCGGUGGCGGCAUGGGCUGCUGCCCCAUCAUGUGGAUGGACGACACGCCAGAAUCCGCACACGACAGCCCAAUGCCACCCCUGCACGACACACGACACCAAGCCAAAAAAAGGCCAUCCAUCCAUGCAUCCAUCCAUCCAUCGCACUUACUGUCCAACGAGCGAUGGUGCGGCCGACACGGGGCGCGUGCUGCCCCCACACUUGAUGAUGUCGUCGUAUCCCGCCACUAUGUCCAUGUAUCCCCCCUGCCCCUCGCCGCCCUCGCCGCCCUCGCCGCCCUCGCCCUCGUCCGCAUCAUAGAAGGGGGGCGAGUCGUCCAGGUCCUUGGUGGUGGGAUUUUUGCCGUUGUGGUUGGUGUGGUUGGUGGUGGUGGUGGUGGUGAUGGCGCCCUUCUUGACCCAGCCUUGUGUGGCGUUGGUCAUGAAGAUGGGCGUGGUCUGCAUCAGCUUGGAAGAUGACGACACGUCCCGACCGCGCAACUCCUCAACGCCGUGCGCAAAGGCACACUGCAGUCACCGCACCAAUGAAGGCACACACACACACACACACACACAAAGAUGCCAUGGGGCGUUUUCCCAUCCCUCCGCUGCUCUCUCUCUUUCUCUCUCUGUGUGGAUGCUCUGGUGUGGUGUGGGUGAGGGCAUAACACGUACCUUGACCCCGAAUCUGCAUUUGCCCUCCUGCCAGUUCUGGCACAGCUCCGUCUUGUACAUGCUCCCGUACAUCCUCGCCUUCCGCGCGCAACGCCUGCAGCCAGCCAUUGACCACACACACACACACACACACACACAAGAAGAUCUCUCGAGAUCUGUCCUCUGGAUGGAUGGAUGGAUGGAUGGACGGACAGGUGCGAUGGCAUGGCCAGAUGUUCUCGGCAGUAGCUGUUUUCACACACACAAUACAACGUACGUGCUGCUGCUGCUCUCGGCUUUCUCUCUCCUCCUUCUUGAACCAGGUCCGUCAGCAAACAUCGUUCAUCAGCACCCGCUACGAACCUGUUGGUAGGAUCCCAGAUGUGACCGC